CCUCAUAUUUGACACAAUUUCAGAAUCAACAUAAACGUUCAUUCUAGUUGGUUGGUUCAUUAUUUAUUGUCGAAUAUGUGCAAUUAUUUUUUUUUCUGCAUUUAAACUCCUCAUCUUCUUAACGAAAACACUCGUAUUAAUGGCAAUAAUAUUCUACCGUGCGACCCGCAAGCGCACACAGAAUCACCUAUUCCCUAGUCUAUCUAGAGAGCAACGUGUUGUGAGGAGGUCAACACCGGUUGUUGCCCUGACCGCCUCUGUUUUCUUUAACUCCGUCACAUUGGCCUCGUAGAUGUCCAUCUAUUCUUCUCAUUACCACUGAAUUAACCAUACAUACAUUUCAUGCAAUCUAAUUAAAUCUGGAUCUUCAAGAAUUUGAAAUGCUUUUUAAUUAUAUUAUAUUUUAUAUUAAGAUCAUUAAAAUCAAAUUAACUCACAUUGCAAUCGUGAUUAUUUUUUAAAAAAUCAACAGUGAAAUAAUAACAAUAAAUUAUUUGAAUUCUUAAUUGAUGAGGAUAAGUAGGAUAUCAACCGUGUUACACAUGCACACACCAAAUUGUGUUUGUUAGAAUUUUAAAAUCAUAUAAUGGGCUCUUCUAAUACAAAUUAAAAGAUUGCAGUAAUUGAAUAAAAAAUCUUAAGAAUUUCCAUGCAAAUUCAUGAAGCAUUUCUAUAAUAUUUUUUCCUCAAACGUGCAAAUUCACAUUAUCUUUUAUUUGUCCACAGUUUACCAACACUAAUGGCUGAAUAGAACGUCUUUCUACAGGAGAGAAAUUAACCAAACGUCUUCUAUGCGGAAAUAUAUAACAUGGAAUUGAUAAUCCGUCAAUUAGAGGCUUCUCACAUGCAGGAGUAUACUUACAGAGGAGAGGGCAAUGCCAAUCUUGUUAUAUCCCUACCAUUGGCGAAGAGUGUCCUACGUUUCCACAAAAUUGAGCCAACAAAAGAGUCACCGAUCGAUGCAGCAGAGACGAAAGCAUUACUCGAAUUCAGAUUUUUCAUGAAGUUCAUUUCCAAAUUAAUGGGAAGAUUCGUGACUCCACCGGAAAUAUUACGGUGUCAUCCAAACAAUUUUAGGAAUUGGGAUGAGAGAGUUGAAAUCCUACGGCCAGCGGCUCGAAAGCAUAAAAACUGUUAUCACGAUUUGGUUAUAAAACUACCGGACUACGCAAAACUUCCUGACCAUCUUGAUAUCAUUGACACGAGGAAGCCAACAUUUUGCAUUGAGAUCAAGCCAAAACAAGGCUUCAUGCCACGAUCCGAGAGGCGAACACAUCUUUGCCCAUAUUGUACUAAGCAGUUCUACAAGCUGAUCAACAGAGCUGUGAAUAAACGGAGUAGGUACUGUCCUUGCGAUCUCUUCUCAGGGAAUAAAGCUCGAGUACAUCACGCCAUUGCUGCCCUAAUUGAUUCUCCCCAAAAUAAUUUUAUUAUAUUUAGAGAUGGACAGCCCAUUUGGGGUGAAGGAUAUCCACGUGAUAAUUUAGAUGAAAUAUUAAACGAGUGGCUCAAUGAUGGAUCUCAAAAGGACAGUCAACAACUGUUGAAUGAACUAUAUGUACUCGUAGAAGAGGCUUUAUACCGAGAAUUUACUUUCGAAAAAAAAAACAACGAUACAGAUAGAAAAUCCGAUGAUAUCAUCACAAUAGCCCCUACUGACAUGAAUCAUUCAACGUUUGAUGGCACUCAAACAACAAACGAAAGGGCCUGUAAUUUUCCAGAUGGAAAUUUACCGAAAGAUUCUAUUCUCGGUCGUCUCUUCCAAGUGCAACAGCUGCAUAGUUCUAGUGCUCAACACGUAUAUAGAAUUUAUUCACAACAUUCGACACACCUCAAUGAGGAAAUGGUUUAUUUCACCGACUCUAGUGAAUAUAAAGGCGGAGAGAAUAGCAUUGCUUUUAAUGAUAUUUUGAUCUUACGAAAUUAUUUGCUAUUCACUACUGCUAGGGAUUGCUCAGUUAUGCUGACCUUUCGCCAAAUAGAUCCACGAGGCGCAUUAGAGGUUCCACCAGAGCAUCUCAUCACUGGUAUUAAUCAGUCAUUUGUUUUUAAUAUUGCGGUCACGGAUAUCGAUCCUAAGCCCCUAAAUCGUAUUGAUAGACAUCGUCGACGUGCAAUUACAUCCUUCAAUAUCGUAGCUAAUUGUUAAAGUUCAUAAUGCUGGUUUUUACAUUAAUAAAACAUUUGUUUGGGAA